CCGCCACCGUCAGAAUGGCGGACGGAUGGCGACUGACUUCAUUUCCCGGUACCGCCAUUCUGAGCAGAGCGCCUGAACCGUCUGCCAUACCCAACAAUAUGGCCAAGUCAAGCAAAGCAGCCGUUUUUAUUUCCGUCACGGACGUGAGAAAUUACCUUCCUGCUUUUCUUUUUCGGCACAGCACUUAAUACGGCGAUAGCGGUUCGCCACACCCGAGAUGGCGGUGCGACUUUCAAAUAAAUAAGGGGCGGAGCUUUUGCGUAGCCGUGCGCAAGGCUUGUAAGGUUGGCGCCACAUUCAGCCGGAAAAAAUAUUUCUAUCAUGACUUCGUCCAAUCCGUGGAAUCCUGUGCAGCCUACGGCGGCUGGACUGAUGCUGUCUCAGUGCUUGUCGUCGAGGGUCGUGUCGCAGGAAAUUCUGGAUAUAUGUGGUAAACCAGGUCCUUGCUUUGUUCAUCUUUCUGAGGCAGAACAGAUUGUAGACCAUCAAGCUGAAAUCAACAAGAACAAUUUGGAUAUUGAAGUUCUGCAGAUAGAAAAAGAAACAGCAGAUAUUGCUCAUUCAUUCUACUUGACUCAAAAAUGUCAGAUUCUUCAAGGCAUGAAUAAGCACUUAGAAGCAGUGCUGAAAGAAAAAAGAGCUCUUAGGCAGAGGCUAGUGAAACCGUUGUGUCAGGACAGUUUGCCCAUUGAAGCUGUUUUUCACAGAUAUGCUGUAGAGUUCUUAGCUCUGGCAGUGGCUUUCAUUGAAAAAUUGGAAACUUAUCUAGGAACAGUAAGGAGCAUUCCUCAAAUACCUCUGUCCAUAAAGAACAUGGACAGUGCGCUAGCAAAAAUGGAUUUGUUGGUGACAGAGACUGAAGAACUAGUAGAACAAAUACUGGAGUGGAGAGAAAAACAAAAGGGAAUCUUCUGUGAUAAUUCUCAGUUGACUCUAGAAUCAGAUUCCUGUUUCAAAAGUGUAACUCCCUAUUAACAUCUUUAUUUCUUCUCUCUCCUCCCAUUUCCUCAAACAUAAUGCAAGAGAACAGAGUGGCUGUUUAACAGUUUUAUGUGAUACAAUAGAGGCAUAUUUUGUUCAUGUUCAAAUGUUCAACUAUUUGUUUUGUCUUCUGACAUGAAUAUUUGUGUGUACAGUUAAUACUACAUAGAAAUUGUAUGCUGAGUUGUUAAAUGACUUAUUCAGGCCAAUAGCCAUUAGAAUUCCCUGAGGAAUAUUUUAAUGCAGCAAUCCUGUGACAUUGCUUAGCAUCAACUUGAUGUACCUAUGUCCAAUAUUUAUAGUAAGUGAAUAAACCUUUUAACACUUACCUGUUUUUACAAGUGAGGCCAUUUUUAUAUGCCGUAUUGAAGUUCAAUAAAGAUAUCAAGCUGUAAAAUGA